AGAGAGCAGGGCGUGGAAGAUCGAAAGGUCGCGGAGCGAAACGACCCGAGGGGCCAUCGAUGGGAAGACGGCCGCGCGGACGCUUGGACUGGUUCUCGCGAUCAGUCUGCGCCGAGGAACGCCGUAACGUCGCCGUGCAACGCGUCCUCCCGCGAGGACCUCGCCGCAGGCUAUCAUCUCGUGCAGACGCGAGAGCGUUUCGUGCAUCGACGGAGCCGGCAGCGAGCGGUGGUGGGGUUCCGCUCGUGGUAGGGUGCCGGACCAGCCAGGUGAGAGCCGCGGUGGUAGGAGAAGGAACGGGUUGCAGCAGCGGAAAGGACGCGCAAGAUGUCGGGCGGCAAGGAUGUCGGAGGACUGUCUGACGACGCUCGGAUCGACAUCGAGAAACCCUACUGGGAUCAGAACACGUACCGCGGCAGAGCGUUGCACUUUCUGAACGUCACCAACCCGCUGAACCUAUUCGCCAGCGGCCAGCAGCUCGAGCAGGCGCGACAAGUCGUCAGCAAGUACAGGAAAGGUAGCAACUUGCAGCAGCUGGGCAUCUCGGAGGAAGAACUAUGGAAGUGCAAGUAUCUGUACGACAGCGCUUUCCACCCCGACACAGGGGAAAAAAUGCUGCUGAUCGGACGCAUGAGCGCCCAGGUGCCCAUGAACAUGAUGAUAACCGGAUGCAUGCUGACAUUUUACAAGACAACGGCCCACGUGAUCACGUGGCAGUGGGUUAACCAGUCGUUCAACGCGAUAGUGAACUACACGAACCGCAGCGGUUCCAGCCCGACACCGAUGAACACGCUUCUGCAAAGCUACGCGGCGGCGACCGGCGGCGCGGUGUUGGCCGCCCUCAGCCUGAAUCGACUUUUCCGUAACGCGCCACCCUUGAUAGGCCGGCUGGUCCCGUUGACAGCGGUGGCCGCGGCCAAUUGCGUCAAUAUACCGCUCAUGAGGAUGUCCGAGCUGCAGAACGGCAUCGAGCUGCAGACCGAGGACGGCAGGAAAGUCGGCAACAGCAAACGAGCUGCUUACAAGGCUAUCAUGGCUGUCACCCUUUCGCGGAUCCUGAUGGCCUCGCCGAGCAUGAUACUGGCGCCCAUAGUAAUGAACUUCAUGGAUCGACGGCAGCUGUUACGCAACGCACGUUGGGCCGCGGUGCCCAUACAGGUAGCGAUUUGCUGCGUGUGCCUGACGUUCGCGACGCCGCUGUGCUGCGCGCUGUUCGUCCAACGGGUGCCGAUCUUGGUGGACGAUUUGGAGCCGGAAGUACGGGACCAGAUACACCUGAGCGAUCCCAGCGUGCGCACGGUGUACUACAACAAGGGUCUUUGAACGACUGGAAGGACUGAACGUAACGAGAACACGUCAACGACGGAAGCCACCGCGACGUUGUUUGCUCGCGGAGCCCACGGGUGCUACGGAAUCGGCAGCGACAUAACGCAGUGAUCAACGUACUCCGAGAAGGGAAGGCAUCGACGUUCCCUUUACGGGACAGUCGACGAUCUAGGGAUUGUUAUCCAGGAACGAACGACGAAGACAAUAAAGAUAACAGUACAAUAAA